GCUCCAAGUGUGUUCCUGACAUGAAAAUUUAAAUCUCCUUAUAAAAAAACCAUCAGCCGUUCGGAGGCGGCUUAGUAUAAACGGUAGGUCUCUCCAUUUGUUGGGAAAACAUCAAGACGCAAGACCACGAAUUGGAGGACGAGCUCGGGCAAUAAAUCAUUUCAGUGGUUACAAAGCGCCAAUUAUAUAAUAAAGAUAUAUGGUAUUAGUAAUCUCGAGGCUUACUGUAUCAUAGCUGGAUAGAAGAGAGGAAUUUAUUUUUUAACAAAUAUUUUUGCCCUUAAGCUCCAAAGGAUGCAAAAUUCCAGAGAGACGAAGGAAAAAAUUAAAUCAUUUUAGAUUAAAUUCUUUGUGAAAACCCCGAUUCAAGAGAUAAAGGAUUUUGAAUAACAUCGAAAAAAGUUGAAUCAUUUUAAUUACAAUAUCCAUCAUGCACGUGUACUUCAAUAUCUAUUAUUAUUGCUGCAGCCUCUCCCACUCCUGCUGCCGUUCUUUCACACCAAACCAAUAUGCUUAUAUAUAUUUAUUUUCCUUCUUUCUUGACUGACAUUUGGUCUCGUGCACUUGAGAAUGGCCGAUAAACCGACAAUAAGCAAAGGAGCAUGUCUCCACUCACCACCCAAACAUUCUCUCAUUGGCCAGCAUUGCCACUUACCCAUUGAACUCAAUCACCAAAAGCGGUAAAAUGCUACACUGACGACCUACGCACGAAGCUGUACGCCUGGGCACUUACGCUCCGCCAUGGUUUGCUCUUUCAUUUAAAAGUGUUGCCCUAAGAGCGUGGUUAUGGUUAAGUUAAGUGUUUGUAGCCUGAGGGAGGUAAACAGUUCAAUGGGAGCGGAGCGGUGCACCUAUAUUAUUGUGCAUAAAUGAGAUGAGAGCGAAUCAAUUUUAUGUGAGAGUCAGCGACAGGCGUAGAAUUAUAGCUGAAUGUUCAAACGAAUAGAAAAUAGGAGCUCAAAUAAAUGACAAAAAUAAGCAGGAAAAGUGCAAGCAAAAGGAUGUGCUCCAAAGAGGAAUCAAUAGCAAAAAUGUGGCGCGUAGCUAAAACUGUCACAAUUUGACAAUUUUCUGCUGGAGAGCAUAAGGAGUGGCAGAGAAUCCUGCUCUCAACCACUGACUUUGGACUCUCACAAAUUUGAAAAUAACUGACACUCUCACUACUCGGUGGCAACAACAGUUUGGCUACUUUAGCGAACACAACCAAUGUGGCUUCGUCGUUGCUGCUACAACACGAGUGAACAAUGAAGUGUGCGAAACAAAGCAGCCGCAGCAGCAAACAGCGCCAAUGCCGCCAGCAACGGAAGUCAAUUCAAGUGUGUGGAGUACAAAUAGCAGAGGAUAAAGCAGUAAAAUAGUUAGAGUUGUAUUUUGGAAAAGAAGCAGCAGGAAUAUGAGCGCUGACAUUGCGCUCUCUGUCGGCCUUUCUUUUUGUUGUCUGAACUGCGGUCUCUCGCCGCUCGAUUGUAUGGCUGCUUAUGGCUCGAUUUUAGUUUGGUUUGACGGUCUGCUGGUUGGUUCGCUGGCUUAUUGCCUCACAGACAGACGGCUGACAGACUGGUUAUGCGAAGCGAACUGAAGUUGGUCGCAUUUAUUUGUUGUUUGUUGCCCCGAAACGAAUGUAGCGCACUGACGCUAAGUGCUGUGCUGAGCGUUGGGCCGAGCUGAGUUGAGUUGAAAUGGAAUUGUGUGCACGGCGUAAGCGUUUGCCGUAAAAUCGGACGAAUGUGAUGUCUGUAGAAAUACUGUCACUGAUGUGCCAAUGCUAGCCGAUUUAAAAUUUUACACCGCUCGAGCUCGUCACGUACACGUGUUUUCAGCGCUGUGUGUGUAUGUGUGUCGGUAUGUGAGUAAGUCAAGCUGCUGGCGCCGUAAAGAUUUGAAAAUCUAAUGUAAUGUGAUUGAUGGAAAUGAAAAAGUGGAGUUUAAUAUUUGAAACGGAAUUGACAAAUUGUGCCGUGAACUUCCGAGAGGCGCGUAGAAAUGAAAAAAAAAAUCUAAAAAAACACCAUGAAACCUGAAAAUUACGGCAAAAAUUCAUUUGAAAGUUGAAAAAAAGGUCUUAAUAUUUACUGUGUAAAAGUAAAUUAAAAUAACUAUGCUCGAGCACCUAAAAGUAUGCAACUCCUAGAGUCAUGAUGCAACAAAUCUAGUGAAAAUCUUUGCUGGGCCAUACAUGAAAAGGAAAAAAAUGCAUGUGAAAAUCGCAGCAGCCCAGAAAAUGCAAAAAUUUACAAUCAAACCACUCCAAAUGCAAUACAACAACAUGUGACAACGCCUAAAAGCAUGCAACGAAAAAGAGAAUUUCGAAAAAUAAAUUUAACCUUGUGUCAGUUGCCAUGCAAGUGAAGAAAUACCACAUAUUAUACGUGAGUGUGUGUGUGUGUGAGUGCAAAUUAAUGGCAUCAAACCAAAAACAAAAAGUUAUUUAUAAAAAAUUAAACAUAUUUUUUCCAUUAACUAUUACGCUAAAUAAACUUAAAAAAAAACCUCAAAUGCUUAGUGCUUAGUAAUAGCUUAGUGAACUGGAUGCUAGCGCGGCAUCUUGACAUUUUUUUUUUUUUUUGACAAUUACGUCGCAUUACAGCAACUGUUGCUUAAUUCAGAAAUAAACGAAAAGAAAUAAAUAUCGGAGCGUGGUGAAUAAAAGGCAAGAAUUAAAAAUUUAUUGUGCGCACUCAGCUCUUUUUAGUCUGCAAAUGAGGCAAAAGCUGUGAUAUCAAGUGGCUUAUAUAAAUACGAAUAUUCAAAAAGUUAAAUUUACGCACAUCAAAGCAAUAACGGUUAAGUACGAAAAUAUUUAAAAAAUUUAAAUAGAAAAAGAUUAACAAUUUUUAUUUUCGAACACCAUGUGAGCGCAAAAAGUAACAAAAAAUGGCUUACCAUACAUGCUUACGUAAUUAUGCCUAGAAAUAUACACUCAAAAAUUAAAAAAAUAAUAAGAAUAUAAUGCAACUGUAAUAUAAUCAAAAAUAUAUUGGAGGCACAGAGAAAACAUCGAAAAGACUUAAGUACGAUGUCAGCUUAUUGCCAGACAGUCUUCGAAAGCUAUUGUAGUUGUUAAAGUUCAAAUUGUGUGACAUUUCUGCGAUUAGCGUCAAGAAUAUGAAUUAAUUAGCAUAAAAAACAGUAUAAGACAAAUAUUGUGUGCUUAAUAUUCCAACCUGUAGCUUUAUUUUAAACUCACCACACCGUGGUGAGUUUCACAUUUUGGUGCCAAAAGUGUUAAAUUACGUUUCAUAGUAUUUCCAAUAUCAAAAAGGCAUCAGCAACUGGUUGUGUGCGCAAAAAUAUUCACCACGAUAAGGUGAAAAAUAUAUUUUGCAAGAAAAUAGUGCAUAAGAUCCUUCCUCUGAUUUUGGCAUGGCAUAAAAAUAACUUACAAUUUGGUGUGCGCCUAUGGUGAAAGCUGUUAAAAAUAUUUAGCAAACAUUUUGUUGCCAAGAAAUAUUUUUCAAAAAUAAUUCAAUUUUUUCUUAACACAUUUGAUCAAUUUGUGUUGAAAAACACACAAAGUUACAAUUAUACACUCAACACUAGAUAUUUUUAAAUAUUAAAUACUAGUGAAGUCAAUAAGCUGAAUUGUCCUCGAUAUCAAAAAAAUAAAUACACAAACAAAAGAUUCGCUACCUAAAAGAAAACAUAAACUAGAAAUCGUUAAAUUUUGUAAUUAACAAUACUAAGUCUAACCCGACAUUAACAACAGAAGAACAAGCAAUGCUCCAAUGUCCAUUCCACGCUGCUUAAAUAAUCACAAGUGAAAAAUAAAUAACUUACAACGAAUAUUAAUACUGAAGAAAAACUGCUCAAUAGUAGCAACAAAUGUAAAAACAAAAAAAUUGGCUUUACAGAGAUUUGCUAAAUAGUUGAUUCAAAAAAACUCACCACACUACAACUUUGAAAAAAACAUAUGUAAGAAACAGCAAACUACAUUUUUAAGUCAGCUCUGAUAAAUAAAUAGUGAAUUAAAAAGAAUGCAAAAACUCACCACAUCAUGGUGAGUUUUGUCAAAUUAAAUUAGCAACAAAUCAGAACUUUUUAAAAUCAACAGCACCUUUAUACAAAACUAUUAUUCAUAACGGUUUCUUGUAUAUUUGCACAUUUCCAAAGCAAUCAGCAACAAACAUUUAUUGAAAACGGCAGAGCGCUGAAUUUACUCAACGUGAAAUAUAAAUACGAAUCUUAUUAACUUAGCUCCACGAAACUGGAAAAUAUCAAUGAAAAAUAUCAAAAGGCGACUUUAAACGCACAGCACUCUAAUAAGAAACCAACAACUCAAAAUUCACCACACUCGUUUUUUAACUUGAAUCGUACACACACCAUCACUAACGCGCCAUGGGUUCACAUGGCGCAGGCGCGUGCGAUUGCUGUGGCGGCGGCGCGGGUGGCAGCUCGUCAACUGUGAGCAAUAACGAUGCGCCAACACAGCGACCACCGCAACAGCAACAAGAACAUAGUAAUAAUAAUAGUCCACAACGACAGCGGCAACAACAACAACAACAGGAACAACAGCUGCCUGCACAUAUGCUCGGGGCCGCGGCCGCAUUACAUUUGCGACGUGAACGCGAUCCACCACAACUGCCACCGCUACCGAUUUUGCCGAUUAUGCCGCCACGUCCACCGCCCAUACAGCAACAACAGCAACAGCAGCAGCAGCGGGCACAACAUCAUUUGGGCGUGCCCGCUGUGGCGAUAAUUGCGCCACGCGGCAGCCGACACCAACAAACGCAAGAUUUGCAAAAUAACAACAACAACAACAACAUGCCGGCGGGCGGUGGUGCCGUGACGCAAAGCCAACAUGCCAGCAUUGCGCACUAUAUCAAUCAGGUGAAUUUGCAUAUGAAUCUGAGCAACAACAACAGCACUGGCACCACCGGCGGCACUGGUGCUGUAGUUGGCGGCUUUGGUGGCACAACAACUACCACCAAUGCGCUAAGUGUCAGCGGAACUACCGGCGCUGGUCUAGGUCAUCCUAACUAUACCAACAACAAUCACAUAUAUGUAAAUCCGCACUCGUAUGAUAUGCAGGCUGCGGCAACGGUGAGCGGCGCCGCGUCUCGCUUGCAGCACAACAACAAUAAUAACAACAACGCCACCAGCUCCGCCGCUAAUCCGGGCAGCAAUCUGAAUCGUAGCAGCAGUAACAACAACACGCACUCGACAAGCACUUCGCAACGCACCACCGCUACCGGUUCGACAGCCGUCGCCAUGCCGGUACAGCCACUACAGAAUCCAAUAACAAACACGCACACCAAUCACACUCAACCGCAGCCGCCGCCACCACAAAUCACCACCACCGGCGUUGGGCCGCCCGGCUUCGAUUGGCAUUUCACAAACGGCAGCAGUACCGCCGCAUCGGGCGGCUUCGAAUUAACGCGGCAAUUCACCUCCUCCACACUGAGCACACUUAAUACAUAUCUAUUCCCCUGCGGCGCCGAUUCGGCCGGCACCAUAGGCGGCGCCACCCUGAACAGCGGCAGUGGCUCUUGUGAUCUUGAUAGCAAUUUUAGUCAAAUGGUUGCGGGUAGCGACGGUGGCGCCAGCUCUACCUUCAGUUCUGGUCUGGGUUUUAUCAAUAAGCGACGCAUAAGACGACUUUUCGGCGUUAGCACGCCCGAUCAUCGCUGCACUGGUCCACACGCCGCUGCGGUGCGACGACGCAGUUCGCCAUUAGUGCACUUUCAAACUGCCGCCUUGGCUAAGAAGAAACAAAAGGUGAUGGAACGUGAAGCGACAGUGGCGUCAGCGAAUGCAGCGUUCUUUGAACAGAAGAAGAAGAAGAAAGAGAAGAAGAAAACACCCGGUCCGCCGCCACAAGUGCGCGCGCAGGCAUCACGUCAAAUGGAGGAUCCGAUGAUGAAUCGACCGAGACGUAAUAACACUGCGGGCGGUAAGAAGGAUAAGGAGAAGGAGCAAUUAGAAUUUCAAUUAAAGAUUCUGCAACAGCUGCAGCAACAACAAUUGCAAAAACAACAACAGGAGGACGUAGAGCUGGGCAUGGAGUAUAUAUAUGAGAAGUACCCACAAAAAAAAAAAAAUAAUAGAAAAAUUAAAAUUUUACGAAAAGAUUUGCGUUACUUUUUUCCCAAAAGCACCUUUUUGCAGCGCCGCCUACACGUUUUUAAUGCAAAAUUUUUAGAAAACUACAAAAAAAGAAUUGAAAAUAUUUUUAAAUAA